CAAAUACAAUAAAGUAAUUAAGUAAUCGAUUGUGUACUUUUAACGUGAACUUUUAGUGGUCACUAUGAUAGUAACAACAGAUAUGUCUGCAAAAGAAGUUAUUAACGAUUUUAAAGAAAAUUAUGGCAGAAUACGUAAGUUGCUGGAUGAAGACAGCAAGAAUGACCCCGAAAACGAACCGUAUUUAUCGAAAUACAAGGCUAAAGACCUACUCAAUAAUAUGCGCGAGGCAUUAUCAAAAGUUGCUAAUUACGACAAUGGACUAGACAGUGUUAAACUUGAUGCCAUGUUAGGCAUAGUCCUAUUGAAUAUUGGCAUUAUAAACAUGGAAACAGAGGAGCUAAGUGCGAGUGAACAAAUUUUAAAGGAAGCCGAAGAGUUGCUCGCUCCAAAUGCCAUGAAACCUGAAAUUGUGAUCACCAUUAUAAAUAUCCAAAACAAUUUAGGCAUCCUUUGGUCAAAUCGGGAUGAACCCGAAAAAGCUAAGUCAUUUUUACUAAAAGCAAAAGAGUUAUAUGAAAACUUCAAAUGUACACUGCAAAUGCCUUUGCCUAUAGAACAAAUCAUACACAAUGUUGGCGAAGCCGUAACUGGAGACUUUAUGUUGCUAGAGAAGGCUCACACACUUACGUUAUAUUAUUUGGCUCAGGUGUACGGCUCUUUAAAAGAAAAUUUGAAAUCAGCUAUAUAUUGUCACGUGACAUUGAGGAGGCAACUCCAAUACUCCGAUUAUGAGCCAAUUGACUGGGCACUGAAUUCGGCCACUUUAUCACAAUAUUUUGCAGAACAUAAUGGCUUCUUUCAAUCUAGGCAUCACUUGUCUGCAGCUUCUACAGUACUAGAUCAAUAUGAAACUAAGUUGAUGGAAACUGAAAUUGAAGAUGAAGUUUUCUUGGCUAAAAAGGAAACAUUUAAUCACAGGUCAGCAGACGUAGCCAGGUGCUGGGUAAAGUACUGUCUUCUCCUCAUGACAGCUUCUAAAACUAGGUUGAUGUCAGAUGAAGAAAACAUAGAAGAUGCUAGUACAGAUAUGUCGAACAUGCAGUUGGAGGAUAACGAAAAUAUUUGUGGGGGAGAUGUUAAAAAUUUAGUAUUUCCCGAUUUGGAUGUUUCCAAAUAUGAAGCAAAAAUUGUUGAUAAGUUUCUACUCACUUACCAAGAUGCCCGUGAAGUGUUCUUGUGCUGCCAAGGUUGGUUAGAGAAGGCUAAAGCCUAUUAUAAGUUGGAUUCCUUAGCAUGUGAUCACAUUGAGCUAGUGCAAGACAGUUCUCAAUCAUACUCCUACUUGGCUUUCUUUGAAGAGGACGAUGAAAGAAGAGCAAAGAUGCACAAAAGAAGAAUUGACAUGCUCGAGGAUCUCAUCAAAGAAGUGAACCCUCAGUACUAUCUAGAAUACUUUAGACAGCUGUGGUAUGAACUUGGUGAAAUUUAUUCUGAUAUACUGUCAAUAAAGCUGGAGAAACUAAACAAAUCAAAAGAGAAACCCACCCCACAUCUACUGAAGAAAAUCAAUUUACUGUGUGAAAAGAGUAUCGAAAAUUACACAAACUUCUUAGAUUCUCUCAAGGAUAAGAAUGGUCAAAUGCCAGAAAAAUUAGAACAUGAUGUUAUAAGACCUGUCAUAAGUGCUUAUGCUUUUAUAGGUAGGAACAGUAUGAAGAGAAUUGCAUUGGAUAAAGUUAUUCAGCAGGAUCACAUAAGGAAAAGUUAUCUCUCCUACAAAUCUGUUGUUGAUAUUUGUGCAAAGGACAAAGAUGCAGCUUUGAUGAUGAAAGAAGAAUACACCUUGUGUCAAGAGAUGGUGAAUAUUCUGGAAAUUAAAAUGAAGAAGCUUGAACGAGAGAUUGCAACAUCUCCAAAUCAAUAAUGUGUCUUGUAAGAUGACAGUUGAUUUAUCUGAUGUUCUCUGUAUGCAUUUCAUCAGUAAAAAUGUUGUGACCAGAAUGCGUAGCAUGGUCACCAUAGAAACAGUUUCUUUCUACGGAAGAAUAGUCAA